AUAGGCUUCAAAACUCUUCUUCAGAAAUAGAUGAGUGACUUCACCGAGACAUCCCAGAAAAAUGACCAAGCCGGCCCAACACAAAUAAUCCUUGAUGACUGGGGGUUGAGUUUAGUGAGCAACAAAAAGAAAGACUUGGAUUGUGCCAGUAAUAACUGACUUAUCAGAGGCUACAGUCAACCAAUCCUCAACAAGUUUUUAUUCACACCAACAUCCGUUGAGUCAACAGUCAGUAAUGUAUGGGAAGGAAAUCGGGCGGGCGUAACCAAAUGCUUUCAAGUAGGAAGCACAGAGGAGUAGAAAAGCAGCCUCAAGACCGGUGACAGACUCCUCACUUGCCUGUCGACUAUUUCUGUCCGUCCGGAGUCUUUUUUGCUGCUGGAAGUUUCCCCUGUUUUGCCUGACCCGAACCGAACCCAAAGAGGAACUGUAGACAUGGCUCAAAGAACGCGUAAGCAUGGUGCAAAGCCUGGAGACCUGAUUGAGAUUUUCCGUGGGGCAUAUCAGCACUGGGCUGUCUGCGUCGAUGAUGAUGAAGUCGUCCAUUUGACUAAUGACGGAGAGGUGACAUGUGACAACAUCUGGGAUGUGGUUCUGAAUGAUAAGUUCAAAGUCAACAAUCUCUGGGAUGGAAAGCGCCAACCACGCAAACCUUUAACCAUCGUUAAAGAAGCCAUGAAGAGGGUGGGGAAGAAAGUGGAGUACUCUUUGGCCACCUAUAACUGUGAGCACUUUGCCACAGAGCUACGAUACGGCAAGCCUGAGUCCAUGCAGAUCGCUAAAACAGCUCUAGCUGUUGGAGCUGGAGUUCUUGGAAGUGGAAGUGCUGCAUCAGCAGGUGUACCUUCUGGACCUGCUUUACUUCUUGGAAGUUUCCCCGUGUCCAGUAGCAGAAGAUAGGUCGUUGAGAAAAGGUUAUAUAUGAAUGCAAGUAUUUCAUAUAAUUCUAAUUGCAAAAACACCAAGAUGUAUAAUCCAAAGUAAAAUGAUCAAAUUAAAAAUGUUGUGUUUUUAUUUCAAGUUGUAUUGUUUACUAUCAAUAUUAUUUUGUUGAGCAACAAGUUGAAGUCACAUUUGUAUUUGUAUUGUGUUUCUUUGAUUAUUAAAUCUUGGUUAUUCUGC